UCAUCAGUAUCGGUUUAUCCAAUGAGAAUGAAAAAGCCUUUAAUUUUCUCCUGUCUUUCUCUACAGUAUACCAGCACAGGCAGAGAUCGAGCAGAGAUCUCUACCUGAAACUCUUUACAUCCUCCUCCUGCUCUCAUUUGGAAAUAUAACACUCCAUAAGCACAGAAGUGCAAGACAACAAGAGACAUGCAUUUUCAAAGAAAGAGUUGGACUUGGUCCGUUUUACUGUUUACACUUGCUGCUUGCACGGUUCUGUCGAGUGCUCAGCAUGAACCGGGCUACUGCUCAUUCUAUGAGGACUGUGGCCUAAACCCUGCAGUGGAGGGCUCUCUUAUCCCCCCUAGGGUUCCCUGUAAGGACUACAGAAAAGCUGUGAAUGUGACAGGAGACCACUAUGAACUUUUGAAAUCCGUGUGUCCGAUGAUGGCCCAUGGCGAGGGUGAAACACAGGCCUGCUGCUCCAUCAGACAGCUCACAGCUCUGCAGAGCAGCCUGACGCUGUCCAAAGCCGUGCUCAUCCGCUGCCCGUCCUGCGCAGAGAACUUUGCGCAUAUCCACUGCGCCACCACCUGCAGUCCCAACCAAAGUCAGAUUUUAAAGAUUACGAAAACCGCAAACAUCACGCAGCCCAUUGGCAUUGUCAAGGAAGCUGUGGUGGGGUACGACGCUUACAUAUCCAUGAACUUCUCAGAUGCGUCGUUUAGGUCCUGCAAAAAUGUACGGAUCCCGGCCACCGGAGGCUUCGCCAUCGCCACUAUGUGUGGCCGCUAUGGUGCGACUCUGUGUACGCCGCAGCGCUGGUUAGAUUUCCAGGGCGACUCGAGCAAUGGACUGGCUCCUCUGGAUAUUAACUUCAAGCUCAUGACGGACGAUCAGGCUGCUGGACUCCCGGCUGGAGCGGUUCUGUUCGCGGGUAGAGCGCUGAAUUGUAACGAGACGACACCAACAGGUGGCGAGGCCUGUUCCUGUCAGGACUGCGAACAAUCCUGUCCAGCUGUACCAGAGCUACCGCCUUUACCAAAACCAUUCAUGAUUGGUCGACUAGAUGGAGUCCUUGUCAUCAGCAUCACAGUCUUCUCCUGCAUCUUUUUCCUUAUUGUGUGUUAUGUAGUUUUAGAGUGCACUACCCACAUCCGACAGUCAAAGAGCUCUAAGAAAAGCAAGAAAACUAAAGACCAAAACGAAAAUGAGAUUAAACCUAAAAUCAGUCCUAAAGAUGUUACGUGCUCGGAUAAAGCCAGUCUUGUCACUCAGGAGUUCCUGGGGUCUCUUUUCCAGACCUGGGGAACCAUAAUGGCACGGUAUCCUCUCACUGUACUCCUAGUCUGCCUUGUGGUUGUGUUGGCAUUUGCAGUGGGAAUAAAAGACAUAGAACUCACCACAGAUCCUGUCCAGCUUUGGUCAGCGCCCGAAAGUCGUGCCAUGCAAGAGAAGGCCUUCCAUGACGCACAUUUUGAUCCAUUUUACCGCACCAAUCAGCUGAUCUUGAUCGCUCCAGACCGGCCCAAUCACUACUACGACUCCUUACUCUUUGGUAAACAGAACUUCAGCGGCAUCAUUUCUAAAGAUUUGAUCACAGAGCUUUUGGAGCUUCAGCAGAAAAUCCAGGCAAUUGAAUUCUGGUCAGAUGAACUAAACCGCACCACAAGUCUUAAAGACAUCUGCUAUGCGCCACUCAAUCCAAACAACCCCUCGUUAACAGACUGUGCUGUUAACAGUCUACCCCAGUACUUCCAAAAUAGCAUCGACAACCUGAACGCCAAAGCAAACAUGACAGAGCUCGGCGUGACAAAAGAGGUGGACUGGAGGGAUCAUUUCAUCUACUGCGUAAACUCUCCAUUAUCAUUUAAAGACAUCACAGCUCUUGGCAUGAGUUGUAUGGCAGACUAUGGCGGCCCUGUCUUCCCCUUCCUGGCUGUAGGAGGAUAUGAUAAUGAGGAAUACACCACUGCUGAGGCCCUGAUCCUUACCUUCUCCCUGAACAAUUAUGCACGAACUGAUGUUAAAUUUAAGGUGGUUGAAGAGUGGGAAAGAAGGUUCCUUAAAAUUGUCCAGGACUAUCAGAAAAACCCAAACACAAACUUCACAUUUGCCUACAUGGCUGAGAGGUCCCUGGAGGAUGAGAUAAACAGAACGACCGCAGAGGAUAUCCCCAUAUUCAUGAUAAGCUAUGCUGUCAUCUUCCUUUACAUAGCCGUGGCUCUUGGGGAAUAUUCAUCCUGCAAACGUAUCCUGGUGGACUCAAAGUUCUUGGUUGGUCUGGGUGGUAUUCUGGUCGUGGGCUGCUCUGUCAUGGCCUCAAUGGGUUUCUAUGCCUGGAUUGGGGUUUCGUCCUCACUGGUCAUCCUGCAGGUCGUACCUUUCCUGGUGCUUGCAGUGGGAGCUGAUAACAUCUUCAUUUUUGUUCUGGAGUAUCAGAGAGACAUGCGCAGACCAGGAGAGAAGAGGGAGGAACACAUUGGGAGAGUUCUCGGAAACGUGGCUCCCAGCAUGCUGCUGUGCAGUUUGUCUGAAUCAGUUUGUUUCUUCCUGGGUGCUUUGAGCACUAUGCCGGCAGUGAAGUCUUUUGCCCUGUACGCAGCACUGGCUGUGCUCAUGGACUUCAUUCUGCAGAUGACUGCUUUUGUGGCUCUUCUCUCACUUGACGCUCGGAGACAAGAUGGAAAUCGAUGUGAGAUAGCUUGCUGCGUUACUGUUGAUACUCCACGCUCGUCCAAACCCAACCAGGGCGUCCUGCUUCCGUUAAUGAAAAAAUACUACGCCCCUCUACUGCUCCACCCUAUCAGCAGGGUAUUAGUGAUGGUGGUGUUCCUUGCGAUGUUCUUUGCCUGUGUGUUCCUCUCGUUCCACGUAAAAGUGGGCUUAAAUCAGGAACUGGCCAUGCCAUCUGACUCCUACAUGUUGGACUACUUUGCAUACCUCUAUAAGUAUUUUGAAGUCGGUGUGCCCACAUAUUUCAUCACGACCAAAGGGUUCAAUUUCACCAGUGAGGAGGGCAUAAACGCAGUGUGUUCGAGUGUGGGAUGUGACCAGUUCUCUCUCACACAGAAGAUCAGAUACGCCACAGAGUACCCUGAGCGAUCUUACAUGGCUAUCCCAGCAUCCUCCUGGGUGGAUGACUAUAUUGACUGGCUGAACCCUGGGUCCAAAUGUUGUCGUAUCUAUACGUUGGGCCCAAACAAAGGAGAAUUUUGUCCUGCCAAUGAAACGGGUCUCUUCACGUGUGCCAAGAAGUGUAUGAGUACACCCCCAAAUGGGGUUCUGCGCCCUAGUGUUCAGGAGUUUAACAGAUUCCUGCCAGACUUUCUCAGCAACAGACCUGAUCUUCAGUGUCCAAAAGGUGGUUUGGGAGCUUAUGAUAAAGCUGUGGUUAGAGACAACGAAACUGGGGAAAUAAUAGCGUCUCGGUUCAUGGCCUACCACACUCCUCUGGUCAACUCUCAGGAGUACACGGGAGCGCUGGGGAAGGCCAGAGAACUGGCGCGUAACAUCACGCUGGCCAUGAGGAACGUCACAGGCACCUCUGAAGACUUUGAGGUCUUCCCAUACACUGUGACGUAUGUGUAUUACGAACAGUAUCUGACCAUCGUGAACGAGGGUCUGUUCAACAUCGCCGUGUGUUUGCUCCCCACGUUCGUCGUGUGCUGUAUCCUGCUCGGCAUGGACUUGAGAUCAGGCUUUCUGAACCUGCUCACCAUAGUGAUGAUCACCGUGGAUACGGUUGGCGUCAUGACGCUGUGGGGCAUCGACUUCAACGCCGUGUCGCUUAUCAACCUUGUGACGGCCGUCGGUAUAUCGGUGGAGUUUGUGUCUCAUUUAACGCGCUCGUUUGCCCUCAGUAUUUGCCCCACGAAGGUGGAGAGGGCAAAGGAAGCUACAGCUAACAUGGGCAGCGCGGUGUUUGCUGGAGUUGCAAUGACCAAUCUACCUGGAAUAGUGGUGUUGGCGUUUGCUAAAGCACAGCUCAUCCAGAUCUUCUUCUUCAGACUCAAUCUGGUCAUCACUUUGCUCGGCAUGGCCCACGGCCUCAUAUUUCUGCCCGUGCUACUGAGUUUCUUAGGUCCCGGUGUGAACAACGCAAUUCUGCUACAGAUUCAAGAGAAGAAAGCCAAGGAAAUGGAACUCAACAUCAAAGCUACAUACGACAACAUUACCUACGAAAACCACGAAAAGACAAACGGCGAAAUCCCCACAGAGCCCUCAUACCCAGUGAAGGCUGACGUUAUCCCCAAGGCCGCCCAAGAACCCAACGAAUAUGAAGUUGACAUUUUGUAGUUCAGGAAAAACUGCUCUCCCUCUUCCUUCCAGUUCAUUUACCUCUGUUAGACUGAAUUGGUAGUAUGAGAGAUUCCUCUGGAUGAAGGGAUCGACUGCUAUCACUUACACUGCUGCAUGUAAGACCUCAGGGGAGAAAACUACCAAUAACAGGACAAUUAUAAGCAGAAUCCCAUCUUGCUAUGUCAGCUCUGUGCCUCAGGUGGACACGAUAGUGUUGCGUUACUGCUAUAAAACUGUCUAUCGCCUUCAGAAGAUGUUCAUGAGAGAUACUCAACUUCACCAUCAUCUUUACUGGUCAUUAUCUGACACGAAGAGAUAAUGCACACAAAAGAGGAGCUCAGUUCCACUGUAUUAGAAGCAAGGAAAUUAGUACAAUAGUUCAGAAUUGUUUUACGUUUUUAUUGUGUAAUAUUUGUUAAAUGUUAUAUUUAAUUUUGUGGUUGUUUAGGUUUGAUAUUGCCAUUUUGGCAUGCAACUAAUUGUCUUGUUGAGGACAGAAACACUUAGCUCUAUAAAGCAGACAAUGCAACUUAAAUUACACUCCAGUAUAAAGAGCAUACGCUCUCGUAUUAUUAACAUUACUGUAAUAAUAUAAAAUGCACUGUGUGUAUUUCUACAUUCUGUAUCAAUUCAUUGAAUGUUCAAUAUUACCUCAAUAGUUCAACGUCGACUUUGCAUUCAAGGUUUACAGUUUACUCAUAACGUAACCAUUUUUACAGCAGUUUAUUGGCUGUGUAAU